AUACUUCGCGCCAUCGUUGCCGCUAGGGGCUCGCUGUAAGGGAGGAACGCAUUAGUGCCGUUUUUUUAAAACGUAUUAUUAUUAUUUUAAAUAAUAUAUUAAUUUGUUGUUCACCUGAUUUCAACGUGUAAACAAGGUGUGCUAUAAAUCAUGCCAAGCAGGAAGUUUGAGAAUGGGGAGUUGGUGAUGGGGCGCUGGCCUGGCAGCAAUCUCUAUUACGAGGUGAAGGUGAUGGAUUAUGACACAUCCACUCAGCUCCACACAGUAAAGUACAAGGAUGGCACUGAACUGGAACUGAGGGAGGCUGAUAUGCAGAAAAUGAAUUUCUUUAAAAAUAGAAGGGAGAGAUCUCGUUCGAACUCCUCGUCUCAAAGACGCAGUCGCUCACGUUCCCCAGGCAGGACAUCGCGCCGCUCUUCCAGCCGGACCACACGCCGCUCCUCCUCCCGUGGCAGAGAGGCCAGAAAAGAGGUCAAGGUGCAAGAGGUCCUGGAAGUUACCAUGUCUCCACUGCCAAAAUCUGUCGUAAAUAAUAUCAAUAAUCCACACAAGAAGAAAGAGGUGAAUGAUACAGCCCACAAAAACAUUGAGCAUAAAACUGAGUCGGAAUUGGACAGCAGCCGCUUAGAUGUGCGCUACAACCUGCGUCCACGAAAAGAGGAGACUGCUGGUAAAGUGAUGGAGAGUGAAGAGCCUGAGAGAAAAAUGGAAAACAUUGUUGGGAAUACACAUAAAUACAAAGUGCCUAAAACAACCGAACUUGAAUUCGGGGGGAAAAUAGGUGCCUUCUUUAUGCUGUCUCUUCUCCCAGCCACUGUGUUGACUCUCCUGUUGAUCUGUGGUGAAAAGGAUGCCAGUGUGUUAAAUUUCCCACCUGCUUUGCCUGCACUCACCACAUUGUGGGACAACCACGUUUUUGGAAUUGUUGUUCUGUGGUUUCUCAUUCAAGCAUUGAUCUAUGUACUGCCGAUUGGGAAGGUUGUGGAUGGAUUGCCUCUCAAAAAUGGGAAAAGGCUGAGAUACAGGAUUAAUGGAUUUUAUGCAAUUUGUUUAAGUGCAGUUCUGGUGGGGGCAGCUGUAAACCAUGGAAUAGACUUGAGCUACAUCCAUGGGCACUUCCUGCAGUUUGCUGUUUCAGCAAUGGCCUUUUCUCUGAUACUUGGUAUAUAUCUUUAUAUACGAUCCCGUUGGGCUUCUGAGGAUGAACUGGCACCAGGUGGAAACUCGGGUAACUUAAUUUACGAUUUCUUCAUCGGACAUGAGCUGAACCCUCGUAUUAAAAACUUUGAUCUGAAGUACUUCUGCGAGCUCCGUCCAGGUUUAAUUGGCUGGGUUGUAAUUAACCUUGCAAUGAUGCUGGCUGAAAUGAAGUUCCAAAAACUUGAAUAUCCAUCGUUGGCUAUGAUUCUGGUUAACAGUUUCCAGCUUCUCUAUGUUUUGGAUGCUCUUUGGAAUGAGGAAGCUAUCUUGACCACUAUGGACAUUGUUCAUGAUGGAUUUGGAUUUAUGCUGGCUUUUGGAGAUUUGGUCUGGGUUCCCUUCACCUAUAGUUUGCAGGCUUUCUACCUGGUUAAUCAUCCUAAUGAAGUUUCCUGGCCUUUCGCUGCAGCUAUUAUCACUCUUAACUUCAUUGGCUACAUUGUGUUCCGUAAAGCCAACUCUCAAAAAAAUGCUUUUCGAAGAAAUCCCUAUGACCCUAAAGUUGCACAUCUGAUGACUAUUCCUACUGCAACUGGGAAGAGUUUACUGGUUUCUGGUAUGUGGGGGUUUGUUCGUCACCCUAACUACCUGGGUGACAUCAUCAUGGCUCUUGCGUGGUCCCUGCCAUGUGGUUUCAGUCACAUUUUACCAUACUUCUAUGUUAUUUACUUCACUUGCUUACUGAUUCACCGUGAAGCUCGUGAUGAGCACCAGUGCCUGAAGAAAUAUGGAUCUGCAUGGGACGAGUACUGCCGGCAAGUGCGUUACCGCAUCUUUCCUGGUGUCUACUGAGAGAUCAUACAUGACAGUAGCAGAACAUGUUUCACAAUUGCAGCUUAUUGUUAAAGCGACAUACCUGCUUAAUUUGUAUUGGCUUUUUUUACCAGGAAGUUUUAAUAAGUAGAAGUUUUGUGAGAAUAUUUAAUGGAGAAAAAUGUAAUAUGAAUGCCUUAAACGUUGUUGAAAUUAAUUUCUAUUGUGCAAAGCCAAUUUCUUUAGUACUGAUUUAUCAUUUAGAAAAAUCUAAAAUCUACUUGUGGCUUUAAAAUGCUUUAAGUGCAGUGCAUCAAUAAGACUUCUGUCCAGCUUUAUUACUAUAAAUACUUAAAUAAAAGCAGCUACAGAAAAAAAGUAUUAAAAAAAAAUAAAAAAAAUCCAGCUUUUAAAAUGCAAAAAGUCACAAUACAAUUAAUUGGAAUUAUAAUUGGAAUAAUUGGAAUUAUAAUUUAGUACAUAUUUGCUGUUUUGGUUAGUUUGAAGACCUGUAAAUCUACAUAUUGGUAUAUUUUAUUUUUUUAGGCAUUUAAAUACUGGUACUUUGAAUGUCUACUUUUUGUACAGUGAUUUUAAUAUAAUGCUUAACUAUACCCUCAUGACCAGGACAUUGUGGAAGAAUAACAUUUUAUAAUUGUAGUAUCUAAACUUUUUUUUCUACUUUUUUUUUUUUUAAUUUAAGUUUUCAGUGUUUGUUUAUAAUAUUUCUCUUGCAACUUAGAAAUUGUGCAACAAUUUGAAGGAGUAUAUAUUGAAUUUGAACUAAAUGCACUGUAAAAAAAAAAAAAAAAAAAAGUUUUUUUUUUAUCCAAAGUUUUAGCAAUUUGGCUUCGCUACCUCAUGUUUACUGUAGCUUAAGAAAUUUUACUUUAUUUCAUAUUGUUUCUGAUUUAAAAGGAAGCGACCGUUCAUACAUCUUAAUCGAUAAUGUGCACAAUCAAAUAGCUUGGGCUUUAAAAUUGCCCUAGACAGAUUGGUUUAAAAUGUUUCUAAAUUGCACAUACAUUCUGCAUUAGAUGUCCAUCCAACACUUCUUAGUACUGCUGAAUUAGGUCCCAUGUUAGUAUUGCUGAAUUAGGUCCCAUGGUAGUGAAAAGUAUACAAGUAUUAAUUCAGUUAAUGACAAAAAAUAACACUUACACUUUUGUUUUAUAAUGUUUUACCAGGAAAGCUUUAACUGCAAAUAUAGCUAAGACUUUUAAUUUUACAAUUUAUUUUCUUAAAUUGUCAAUGUAAAUUGCUGUGUGGUUUCUUUCAUAGUUUAUGCAAUGUCCAUUGCAUAUGUUUGAAGUUUUAAACUGUUUUAGUUCCAAGUCGUAAGUACUAAUAUUGUGUAAGGAAAUUGCUCUGUUGUGACUUCACUGUAUUAUGUACUAUAAUAAUUAUACAGUUAAAACCUAGCUGAAACCAUUUAUUAUUUAAAUCACUCUAUAGAUUAACAUUUUUUGUGUUGCAGUAACUAGCUAUAUACAGUGUGUUUGUGACAGAGGAAAUGCAAAUAGCAUAGCUUGUAUUAAUCAUGAAACUCUGUGUUAUUGUAUUUUUAAUUAGGUUUCUGGAUUAGACAAGUACAUAUUCUAAAGUAGACGUGUUUUCUUAUUUUCAAACAGAAGGUAAAUGUAACUCUUUGGCGUGAUGUACCACUGUAGCCAGUUUGCAAUUGCAUUUGAGCCUACCAUUUCUGUCUACUUAAACCAGUGUAAUACAAUGUCACAUAUUUGAAUUACCAGACUUCUGAGUGGACAAAGUGAUUUUGCCUCAAGCUGAAAAAGCUUUUUAUUGUGUGUGUGAAAUUCUGCAUUUUUUAUAUUUUUGGUUGAAAUAAAAGUUUACAGUAAAAUGA